CUAGUUCUAGCUAUCGUAAACCUCGGUUUCACGAUGUCUAUACUUGUAAACCACUUGACUCUUAAUGUUUCCUUCACUCUAACAAGGUAGUGUUCCUGGGUAGCAGUGUUCUGCCCUCCUAGGCGCAAAAAACUCUUCCUACCCGGUCGCCACCUUGUUUCGAGCAAAGAAAGCCCAUUCUGGCGACACAAAAUCAACAAAACCCUCCAAGAAAAACAUGCCAGCCUCCCGAGCAGAAGAAGAAGGCCAAGCACUCAGCAGCGCCACCUUCUGGGACGCGCGAUACGCAGACGCGGACGGCAAGCAGCCCACUCACGAAUGGUUCAAAUCUUUCGACUCCCUGCAACCUUUCUUCGAACGACACCUCUUCCACAAUAGGAGCGAGGACUCGCGAAUCCUCCACCUCGGCUCCGGCGAUAGCACCGUCCCGCAAUGCCUGGCGCAACGGGGAUAUCGCAAUCAACUGUGCCUCGACUUCUCGCCUGUUGUGGUCAAACUCAUGGCCGCGCAGGCGCCACGCGGAGUGGAGUGGCGGCAAGGCGAUGUGCGGGAUAUGCACGACGUCCUUGACGGAAGUGUUGAUGUGGCGUUUGACAAGGGCACGAUGGAUGCCAUGAUUUGGGGCAGUCCUUGGGAUCCGCCAGAGGAAGUGAGGGAGAAUACGUCGAGGUAUGUUGCUGAGGUGCACCGGGUGCUCAAGGACGAUGGUGUUUUCCUCUACGUCACCUUUCGGCAACCGCAUUUCAUCAAGCCGCUUAUCAAUGGUGACGGGAGGUGGGAGUUGGAGAUGGAGGUUCUGCGGGAGGGGGAGAGUGCGUUUGAUUACCAUGCUUUCAUCCUGAGGAAGCGCAAGGGCUCUGGUCUUGCUGGAUGAUGGGAGGGUGAUGCAGUUCCUUACAACGCGGCAUCCUUCUUCUUGCUCCGAUCGGGCUGGAAGGAUACAAACGAUACCGACAGAAGUACCACCGACCUGUUCUACGCUAGAGCAGUCGCCAGUAUGGCGAACGGUGGCAUUGUGUCGCUACAUUGGAACUCUCGCGACAUUGCCGAAGAGCUUCUUGUCGUUGUUGCCUCCUCCAUCGCUAUCAUGUUCGACCGAGUCGAACAAAAGGCUUGGGACGCCGGCGUGUCGGCCAAGACGACAUGAAUCUUGCCAACGAUAUCCGAAAUGAGCCAACAAGGAUCGGAGGAUGGAAAUGCAGUGUGCUCGCACGUAAAUCAAGGAAUGAGACGAGUGGGAACAGGGAAC